AUGCUCCACUGCUCAAGUUUAUUAUUAUUAAGAGCAAUCUUUCUUGAUUUUGAGUGGUUCAACAAUCGAUUUCAAGAAAAAAAGAAGCGGCAAUAUUAUGAGAAUGGUAGCAACGGGAUUCGGACACCCAGAAGAGCAUUCAUUGGACAAAUCGAUUUCAAUGAUAAGCCAAAAGAGAAGAGAAGAAAAAUGCUGAACGGAUAA